UCUGGGGGCGCCCUGAGCCAGCCGCUGCUCCGGGUGCACGCCAUGGACGGCCUCGUGCAGCGCCUCGCCGCGCGGCUGCCGGGAGUGGCGCACGCCCCGGCAGGGCGCGCGCCGAAGAGGCGGCGCUCCGAGGGCGACUGCGGGGCCUGCGGGGCGAGCGCGGACCCCGGCGCGAGCUGCGACGGCUGCGGCUGGGCGGUGCAGCUGUGCGCCAGGUGCGCGGAAGAGCAGAUGCUGCAGUGCGAGCAGUGCCAUGCGUGGGUGUGCGAGUGGUGCACGGCGGGGAAGUGCAGGUACUGCAAGAUGCCGCACGUCUGCUCGCGCUGUUCCGCGUCGAGGCUGCGGCACUGUCCGCGGCCAGAGUGUUGA